AUCGAUGCAUUUCUAGCAUAUCCAUUCGAUAUUGAUCAAGAAUUUCAGGAAGGAUUACAAUCCAUCCUCUCAACCGCACCUCCAGAAGCAGAGCUGAGCAACACGAUCCUCCGAGCACAGUUAUUCUACUUCAAUCGCAAGACCGGUCUCUCCCUCAACCCGCAUGAACUUGCCGCCUCAGAAUCCUCUAACAAGCAAGAAGAAGCUGUAGAAACUGAGAAAUCAGAAUCGCAGCAAGUCGAACCCCACACUGCUGCACCUCCUUCAGCAGGGGAUGCACCCUAUCCUCUCUCGUUUGCGCAACUUGCAGAGCUCAUCCAGUCCAAUCGCACCGAUCUAAUACCAAACAACGAUAUAAUCCCUAACACUGUGCUUGAAGGGCAGUCAAGCGAGAGCAGAACGCCCGCCAGGCGCAAGCCAUGGGAG